AUGUCUAUUGAUAAUCAACUUUCAAAAAUGUACUAUUGUCGGAUAUGUUCGAAUAAAGAAUAUCAUGCAAUUCAAUUAAUUGAACCAUUAGUUGAUCUUAUUCGUAAUCCAUUAACAAUGUGUCCUCGUAUUUCUUCUGUUCCGUCGAAUCUUUAUCUUACUCGUGAAUUUGCUCUUCAAUCAAAGCGUUUCCUUCUUUUUGCAUCUUCAUCAUCAUUUCAUAUCGAUUCACCUUUGACAACAACUAUGGCUUCAUUUGCACUAUGGCUUUAUACAUCGGGUUCACGAAAAAUUCUUAUUGAUAUUGACAGUUCAUAUUUUAAAAGUCGAAAUGGAAAUAUAGCUGAAAUUGGGAAGUUUAAUGCUUGGAACAUGCUUGAAUCUAUAGCUAAACCUAAUGAUUAUGUUGUUAUCAAACUUGAUAUUGAUAAACCAUCAUUAGAAAGUGCCUUAAUGAAACAAUUAUUAGAUGAAUUAUUUUUUGAAAAACAUGUUUCUAAUAAUUCAACAUCGAAAAAAGAUAAACUAAAAGAUUUCUACGACUUAUUUACAAAACUAGGAGAGUAUGGUAUUCGAAUGCAUGGAUGGCCAUAA